UUAAUUGACUUUUCAAAUUCAUUUGUAAGACCUGUUCGCGUAAUUUGUAUACGUUUGUUUUUAAUGCAGCUGUGGUUUCCAUGUGGGCAUUAAAUUAGCUUUGGAGUAGAUUGCAUAACAAGGCGCUCAUUAUACGAGCCUUUCUCUUGACUGCAACUCGACCCGCGGCCUUCAAGUGGCACAUUGGUGCGGCCCCACUGUGUGCUAACAAUCGCCCCACGCGGACGCCAUAGCUCCGAUACAGCAGUGACUCAAGUCCUUCACAGGACUUUCAUGUGAACUCGUCUGGAAAUAUACCAUAAAAAAUCAUGGCAAUCCGUGGUUUCUACACCUAUAAGGUUUUCAUCAUUGCGAUGGUUUCGCUUUUCCAGAGUCAAGAUGUCACAGCUGACCCAUGCGCGUUAACCACCACUCUUGAUGCUUGGGAACGGGAUAUAACUCUGGCGUUAUCCAGUCCGGAUCGGGGGUUGUGCGAUCGAGGCCUCUUGGAAGGAUGGUACAUGUUCGAGAAUAAACAGAAACCCAUGCAGAUUCCCACACAAUGUCUCCGACAAAACAUAUGUGGGACCGGAUUGCCAUACUGGCUGGACCUUGGUGAAGGGGGAAUGUUACCUGGCCAAGGUCAACAGGUGAAUGCUUCCUUCUGCGCCUCUUUUGAUGUGCUCGGCUCAGUAGACUGCUGUGUGCUGAGAAUGCCAACUCAGGUGCACAACUGUGGUAAUGGCUUUGCGUACUACCUUCGGCCGACGGACAGAUGCCCUGUUGCCUACUGCGCUUACGAUCCAACACAAGGUUUGAACUCAAUGUACAUUACACAAAGAGGUCAGAACUCUUCAGAACUGACAACGCUUGGGCCAGCAAGUGAUGCAAGCUCUGGUGAUGAUGUUAAGCCCACGAAAGGUAGCACAAAACCUGGUGUAACAGAGCUGAAAAGUACUACACCAGUUUCCACUGAAGCGAGGACAUCAGUUGCCCAAGACUUAGUCCUUAAUGUAACCAGUUCAGCAACACCUGGCCCUGAACAAGGGAAAGAUUCUUCCAAUGACUCAUCAGCUUUACAGGACUCCGGGGAUGUAUCGCCAGGUGACCUGGCAAGAGUGAUACAGUCGGGUGAUCAGGCACCUGAGAACAAGACUGUCAAUAGUACAGUGGAGAGCAUCACAGGUGUGCAGAGCAAUGUGGACAGCAACCAGACUAGCAGCCCUACAAGUGUCAACCUUUCUCCAACAUCCACAGCUACUUACGAUCUGGGUUUUGAACAGGCUGGCUCAUCAAUUCUAGACAAAACAGUCAGGGUACCCAACAGAACUCCUUCUACCCCAGAUACAGCUGCACAAGCCACUACAGUAGGUAUUUAUCCAGGUGAGAUGUUGGUGGAGCCCACCCAACCAUCGAGUAAAGCACCCUCGGUUACAGACAGUGACGCUCCAAUGGAUGCGGCUACCAAAGCUUCCAUAACAUCAAAGACGGCAGUGCCAAAAGUAACCGUAACGAUCUCUACAAUGCAGCAACAAACUACAAAGCCAGGUCCAGUCACACCUGUGUCAGGAACAGUCUCAACUGUGAAAACAGAUACACCUGGAUCAGUGGAAACACCUCCAGAAGUUGCAACCAAAGCUUUGGAAGUUGCGACUGAGGCAGCAACCAAAGCUUCGGUAGUAACACCGGCUAGAUCAACAUCUGCGAGAUCAACACCUGUAAUUGCACAUUCAUCUACUGUACAUGAUCAGACCAGUGCUGCUACCAUCACAGUGCUUAAUCAGACAGUGACAAAACCUGUCCCGUCAACAAAUUCAGAAGCCGGGACCAUAAGUCAGAAACAAGUUACACAGGCUCCUCAGACUGGAACUAUUGAUCCUUCUGUCAUUGCCAAAGAAUCUAUUUUGUUGAAAAUUACAGGUAAAAAGAUAACCUCUGAGAGAGUCAAAGAAGCUUUGAUUCAAGGUAUCCUACGCAGGUGUCAAGUUGGUUUACACACGGCGUCACAUUCAGUCAAACAGGUGUUUUUCAAGUACAACCUUUGUGACACAUUUUCCCGAAGAAAGCGAAGAGAGGCCACAGGCUUGGAGCCUGUGCUGACAGGGUCAUUUAAUGAUGAAUCUGGAACUUUCCACUCUAAUGUAGCCUUAACUAAGACCAAUGGCACCAGUGCUACCGUAAUAUCCCAAGAAGAUCUACUGACUCUAUUCCAAGAUGAGGAAAUUGCAGACACAUUCCUGUCCGAGGUUGGGGUGUCGGAAGCAGAGGUAUGUGCUCAGAAGACUGGCGACUGCAAAGUUGUGAAAUCAACAAACAGUACCUCCCACAAAGAGAUCCACAUCAAGGAAGGGGAGGAUACCUUUCGUUCAUAUCUUACCCUGAUCAUUGCUAUGACCGUGAUAGGCUCUCUGUGCCUCAUCAUUAUCAUUGUUGGCUUGGUGUACAUGAGGUGCUCAAACCGUGGGAGCUGGAACAAUGACUAUAACAGCAUUGAACGAUCCCGACUGGAUGGCAAGAUGAAGAACACCAGUGCCAUUGAGAACCCUGCCUCCGAUGCAGAAAUCAUGAAAGAUGAGGGAGAAAUGAGAGAGAAAGAUGGUGAUCCCUUGACCUCUGUGAAUGGCAGCCCUCAUUGCAACUACCCUGACGAUGACAAUGGCUGGGUGGUUCCUUAUGAUCAGUUGACCAUGGAGGAACGAGCCUUACCAGGAGUGGCAGACACCAAGUUAUAACAGAGAAUGACAAUCGAGCCAUUUGGUUGUGUGGGAGAAGAGCGAGAGGAAGAAAACUAGUUCAGAAACUAGUCAUAGUGCAGCAUUCAUGUCCUUCUUUUAUAAAAGAGAAAUAUCAAAGAGGAUCUUUUAUGAGCAAGAUUUUAUUGGGUGGUUGUGCUGUUGUUGACAAGACUGAGUUCAAAACCUGCCUUCAGCGUGUGAAUUUAGGCCACACGAGGUGAGAAGUAAGCGCUGUUUUUAGGUCUGCUAAAUCAAUCAAUUAUGUGAAGCCAAUUUAAGAUUUUUUUAAGUAUUAAAGAUCAAAUUACAAACUUCUAUAAACUAGUUCUUUAAAAUGGUCUUUUUAUUUGAGAGAUUCUUUAAAUGUUUACUCUAAUGCAGAGUUAAAAAUAAUAUUUUUUUUAUUUGUUUACCUUUAAGUUUCAUUACCACCAAUGCAUUGAUGAAGUCAAUCGUUUAUUUGGCAGUUAAGUCAGGCCUAUGUUAUAAAAUCUGUCAGCCCAAUCUGACUUGUACAUGUAUAUCAGUAUCCACGUGGAAAGGGUUGGGUGAAACAAAUACUGUGUAAACUUCCCAAAUAAGCUGAUGACGAUACACACCUUAAAUUAUUGCACUAUGCAUUGUUAACUGGUGAAUUCCAUUAUAAUAAGUACAUGACAUAUGUGCUUCCAAAAAGAGCCAGGUGUGUACAAAAUGGUGUGCUUGGAUUAAAUGAAUACCACGAAAACACAGUUUCAUUAUUUGUAAAUGUUUCUUGUCACAUUUAAAUGUUAUUUUGUAUUCUGUUUCAUGCAAAGUGUAUCCCAUACUCCUUACAGCGCAUGCGUCGUUAUUUACCUUUCACUUUACAUCACCAAUAGUAAAUUUUAUACAGAAAUCUUGAACAACGCCGAGGUCACUUGGGUCACGGUGAUGAGGCAGGAAGUGAUGUUAGAAAACACAAAAAAAUCGUCUCAACCUUUGUCUCUAAUAAUAGUCUAAUAAUAUACACAUGUAAUCUUUAUCUAGAGUAUGUACAACAUGAUUCCAAGCAAUACCUAAAACAACUGUAUUGAUGAAUGCUGAUUAAAUAGUUCCACGGGAGGAGACAAGUGAUGAGGCUAAGCCUAAACAAGCCUACGUGGGUCUCAAAGGCUCCAAUGGUCAAUCUUGUCUCUUGGUGGCAGUGGGGUAAAGCGAAAGGUGGAGAGCUACUCAUGCACUGUAAGGAGUGCGAGUGUAUCGUUAAGAAGUGUAAAUUCCGUAUUAGUGUAAUAUACUCUAUUGCUGACAGAUGGUUGAUGUUUGUAAUGUUUAUCUAAUGUCAGCUUGACAGUUUACCACAAUUGUAUCUAUUGUAUUUUGCUAUUAAAGGACUGCUUGAUUAUACACAGUUUGUGCGAGUGAAAUAGAUCCCAUGAAAGUUGUAUUUAAAGAGUUACUUCAGUCCAGGUGAUAAUCUUUAUAAUUAUAUUAAGGAAACACUUUGGAUCAAAAGGAUUCGGAUCAUAAAGUACAGUUCAUUUGCUGCUGUCACCAUCACGAUGACGUGUUCUUACUUGGAAAGCAACCCAGGCUGUUGAUCUUCGCCAUGCAUUUCUUCCAUAAUGACAGAAAUGUUAACAUGACACUGGGGCAACUCUUUAAACCUGUUUAUUAGUUCCAACCUGUUACAAGUUUGUAGCUUUGUACAUUCGGAGGGUUGUAAAGUGUGCAACACCUGGUUUACUUCAACCUCAGUUGUGUACUGUCUUACGAACAGGGACUUUAACAAGCUAGUGAACUUCUUCAAGUUGGACAGGUAUAGCGUAUAUAAAAUGUCUAAAGGUAUUUGAGAUGUAGCGUAAGUCGUCCAGGGCAUAUUUCAUACCUUGCUUGACUUUUCCUCAAUAAGGUUGUGCAGUAGUUUGAUGUGUAUUGUUUAUAGCCAGUUUUAGUGUAUAACACCAAGCUUUAGUUGUUACAAAUACCAUUUCAUUAAUAUUCUACAAUCAUGUUGUCAUUUUAUAUGUAUAUUAUCUUAUUAUUGCAUGCUUUUCGUAAUUUGCUGAUGUAUAUCCCAAUUAUUCCCACAACACACAACCGUUGUUGCUGACACGUGGCAUAUAUGGCCCAGCCCCGUGUUAUACAUCAAAAUUGUUAGCGAGUUUUGGGAAAUUGUGUUUACUCUUUCAAACAAUUACCUUGGAGUGCAGUCUUUUAAAAUGUGUUAUGUAUUUGUUUAUUAUGACACAGGCAUUGCAUCAAUGUGUUGCAAGUAUGCAGAGGUGAGAACCUUCAAGUCUUGAUUACACUAUUUAAUACAUGUAUAUGAACUAAAUCUAUCCAAUUAUGAGCAUGUCUUUAAAGAAAUGUAAUCCAGUGCCAUGCCUUCGUCCAUUUAUUUGUGACUAAGAUGUAGUCUGGAAUUGAUCAGACAGGUAACCAAAAUGUUUUCACUUGAUCGAGACUUGACAGAAAACAGCGGUAGGCAGAGCUAGUUAUUUAGUAUCAUUUGCUUCAUGUCAAGCUAAAGUUAUACGUACAUGUACAGCACAUAAUAAUUAUGUAGCACAUUUUCUUUCAUUUGCAAGGUGUAAAUUUUGACACAUCAGGUUCGCUAUAUUUUUUUAAGUGGAAACUUUACAGUUUUAGUCAAGCCCUUGACCACUGUCUUAAUUUUCCAAUAAGAGUUGAAGAAGUUGAGUAAAGUGUAAGGAUUAGUAUUGUGUGUAUGUAAUGCAAUGUGCAGCAUAAUACAUACCCACGUACACCUGAUAAGCAAGUCUGACGGUGUCAGAACUAUGAUGUAUGAACUAUGUAUGUACAUAGGCCUGCAGGUAGGGUUUGUUGUUUGUGACUUUCACAUUUUGCAUGCAAACCUAACAUUUCUUAAUUAAAUAGCUGUCCUCUCUGUAUUUGCUUAGUUGGUAGUCCACACAUGAAUUGUUUAUGAACAAGCUCUUUACUAUGUCUACAAUGCAAUGGGAUUAAGCUGUGCUGGCUCGAAGAGACCAACCCUCCUGCAAACAACUCAACAAAGUUUCUAUCCAUUAGUCUGCAAACUGUUUCUAUUCGAAUGACAUAAACAGCUCUUAUAAAUAACUAUGAGCUCAAUCUACAACAGAGUUAUUUUAUUUACAAUCAGCUGGACCAAAUUCUCUUUUCAGUCAACAUGUAAACAAAAUUCUAGCAAUGCAGUGUUGUUACAUGAAUGGAAAAUUGUCCAAAUUAUUUCAGUACAGAAAGUUAUCGUCAACAAGCGAUGGCACUCCUGCUUUUAGCUCUUAAAAUAAGAAUGAGAUUUCUAGUUAUUUGAUGUUAUAGACAUUUUCCAGUUAGUAACAAUUUGUAAUAAAGUCUGAUGAUUUAUUUGAAUGUGUUGAGAAUUUAUUACCUGUUAUGUCAGUUUUAUGGUUAAUUGCAGACAGCCAUGUUGUUGUAAAGUUAUUAUCUUGCACUAUAACCUUCCCAAUUUUUCUUAAAUGUAUAGACUUCUAAAGUGCCAUACUAAGUUUUAUACAUGAACUACUUUAAUAAAAAGAAUCCAGUUUACAUUUUAUGUUGCAUUGUUAUCUUGUCUAUACCAGUAACAAAAAUGAAUAAAUAUUGGGGGUUGGAAGACUUUUUUGUGAACUACAUAAUAAGCCGAGACACAGGUCAGUAUCAAUGCCCUCUAACCCAGCUGCUGAUAAUCAAAUAGCGUACACAUCAUUCAGAUAUCCACAUGGUGGUGUUCUCAGAAGUUUAAAUACCUCGCCUUUGGGGAGGCGAUAUUCAAGAGCAUCUAAAUUCGCACUGAAGGAAAUCAUUAAAAAUGCAAAACUAUAGCACACAUUCGGCUGGUUUUCCCUCAAAGUAAAACUGCACAUGAACUUUUAUCAAAAUCUGAUAAUAUUUGGAACAUCAACCACUAUCAGAAUCUGGUGUAUUGUUAAAUAUGCAAAUCUUAUGCAUGAAUCUGGCAUGCUUUUGUACCUGAUCUGAAAGGCCAAAAAAUGAAUGUCAUGAUUCUUCUGAAAUGAGUUUACAAUAUACAGAAAACCUGAUCGACAGCCAAACAGAAUCAAUGAAAUCAAUGAAUAUUAAAGUCUUUUUGUACAGAUCCCACUGGUAUUCAACAAUAAACUGAACAUAGUUACACAAAAGGAGCCUGCACAUGUGUUUCGGGUAUUUGUACAGAGGAACGAGAGGCAAUCAUGCAAGCCCAGAUGGAAAGAGUCCAGGAGCUGCUUUGGUUGUCUUAAGGCACAAACAUUGCAGUAAAAUUACAGCACCUAUAAGAAAACAUCUGCAGAUGCCUUUCACAU